AUGGGCGCGCGGGGCUCCGGCCAAUCGGCGGCGGCCGGACAGUUCCCGGGUCCUGACCGACCUUCACCGCCCGGGGCGGGGGCGGGGAUAAAAGCGUCCCACCCCCCCCCCCCGUCCGCUGCGGCGGCGGCCGGCGGCACCGGGGUGGCCCAGAGGUCUGGGCUCGAUGCGGGUUCCUUGCACCAGGGUGGGAGGCAGCCCCCGGCGGAGCCCGGCCCCACCAUGCCCUGGAGCGUCCGGUGGGUCGGUGGCCACAGCGCCCAGUCCCAGAAGCAGUGCAAGAAAUCCUCCUUCGCCUUCUACCAGGCGGUGAGGGACCUGCUGCCCGUCUGGUUCCUAGAGGACAUGCGGACCAUGGAGGUCUUCCACUGGGAGGACGGGGGCAAGGUGAGCGUGUACUCACCCUCGGAGGCGCUGCUCUACGCGCUGGUGCAUGACCACCAGCCCUACGCCCGGCACCUGCUGACUAAGUUCCCCCAGAGCGCCCUGGCUGUGCCCAGCCAAAGCUUCAGCUGCUGCCAGUCCUCGGCCCCACACCUGGCCAUGGCUGUCCGCUACAACCGGGUCCGCAUCCUCUUCCGAAUCCUUAAGGCCAUCCAAGCCUUCCCACCAAGCGACAGAGCCAGCCACCUGGACCGCCAGGGCUGCAGCCGUGUUGAGGGUGGCAAGACAGCCUUGCAUGUGGCCUGUGAACUAGUGCAACCCGAGUGCUUGCUCCUGCUGCUCGGGCAUGGAGCAUCACCCUGUUUGCGGGACAGUGCCGGGAACACCCCUCUGGACACCUUGUUGCAGCAGAUUUCUCACGCGCCAGCAGCUAACAUGCGUGCCAAGCUCCUCUGCCUCGAUUGCCUCUUCUUUUUUGUGCCUCAGGACCUCCAGUUCACAAUGAAACAGCAACUGUUGGACAACAGGCAGUGGUGGCAGGACCUCCUGGGGGAGAACAGGUUCCAGUGCCUGCUGGGCUUAGCUCCCCCAUCUCUGUUUGUCGGAGCCAUGCGUGUCUUGAUCAGGACCAUUUCACCUGAGCAUUUCCCAGAGGCUCUGGAUGAUCUGCCUCUGCCUCAUUUCCUAAAGCCUUUGGACUUGAAACUGGAGAGCUAGAGGGGUGGUAUGAGAGCCUCCUGCUCACCUGACAGAAAUAGACUGUUGUGCUAAAAAUGUAUCAGUAUACAAAGCUGCUCAUGUGGCAGCCAAGUAUCUGUUUUAAUUACAACUGUAUUUUUUUAAAAGAAUCGUAUCUGGCACUUUACAAUAUAUUUUAUUUAAAGAUCCUUGUGGUGAGGUGAGGUCCGCGCUGCAUUUUAUAAAAACAUUCUAUGGCAUGUACAAAUGAGGGUAUGUGGGAGAAUAUAUUUGUAAAUACAUCUAAAUAAACCAGUGG